AUGAGGAAGACGCUGGUAGAGAAGGGCUUGUACGCCGAGUACGCCAGUGUGACGCUGAAGAUGAAGCUCGGAGAUGGCAACUUUGGCGAGGUGUACCGCGCAGAGGUGGUCAGCGCUGAUGGGAAUGGGACAAAGAUGGAGGUGGCGAUUAAGAAGCUGAGAAAAGGCUCCUCUCUGGCGCAGGUGAAGCAGUUCCUCACGGAGGGCAUUCGCAUGAGCGGCUUCGAGCACGAGCGCAUCCUCCGUCCGGUGGCCAUCACCCUCGACUCGGCCAGUCCCUGGAUGCCCGCCAUUGUCCUGCCCAUCAUGGCCAACGGCGAUCUGUGUCGGUACUUGCGCAAAAGCAAGGUUUUUCCCAUCGUCCGGCUGCUCACCUUUGCCGUGCAGAUUGCUGAAGGAAUGGAGUACCUUGCCUCGGCCAACUUCGUCCACGGCGACCUGGCCGCCCGGAACUGCCUGCUGGAUGAGCACUACCAGCUGAAGAUUGGCGACUUUGGCCUGUGUCGGCAGCUGCAGUACCGCUCCGACUACGUGACCAUUAACGACAUCUACAGGCCG